GGCCUCACGCUGGAGCCCUUCCACCAAAGUCAGCAGUAAACAUUGGCCCCAGGAUCAAUCGCUUCUGUGUAGGCCACAGGUUCUGCGAUCAGAGAGCAAGCAGCGCGGCCACGUUGCACCGGGCUGGUGGCUCCCGGGAAGAGCUGUCAUCCCCGAGUCCCCUCGGAGACAAGUCCCCUGGCCCCGAUCGGAAAGAUGCUGUCCGGCACGGAGAGGGUGGUGAUGAGGGUGCUGCUUGUGUUUGCUCUCGGAGCGGACCUCUGGUCCUGCGCAGGCUUCCCUGUGUACGACUACGACCCUGCCUCCCUCCGGGAAGCCCUCAGGGCCUCCGUGGCCAAGGUGAACUCCCAGUCGCUGAGUCCGUACCUGCUCCGGGCGUUCAGGAGCUCGCUGAGAAGAGUCAACGCCUUGGACGAGGACACUGUGGUCAUGAAUUUGGAGUUCAGCCUGCGAGAGACCACGUGCAGGGCGGAUUCUGGAGGAGAUCCUUCCUCGUGCGCCUUCCAAAGGGGCUACUAUGUGCCAACAGUCACGUGCAGGAGCACAGUGCAGAUGUCUGCAGAGCAGGUGCAGGGCGUGUGGGCUCGCUGCCACUGGUCCUCCAUGUCCGACUCUGACAGCAGUGAAGAGAUGAUUUUUGGAGACAUGGUGCGAGCCUACACGUGGAGAAAUGAGUAUCCGCUUGGCCUCACCCGUGAUGAGCCCAGGAGCGAGCGCUUAUAUGAUCCGUCGCUCGAAACCGUGAGAAGGACUUUUCCUCCUGGAAAUGGAAGGUUCCCGAACUACCAGCGCAGAGCAAGAAUAAGCACUGUCUUUGAGUGAUGGCCUUGAGGAAGGCCCACGGGCGGAAAACAAGUUCCAGUGGAGAAAGACACUUUAGGAACCAUGUAAUUUCGUUUCUCAUCAGUUCCAGUCUGUAAUAAAGGCCUUUCUUUUCCUGCAAAA